UCUCGCUCAGGGGUCCUCCGAAGAUGUGACAUCGUCCUCGUCUACAGCCCGGAUGCCGAGGAAUGGUGCCAAUACCUCCAGAACCUCUUCCUGUCCAGUCGGCAGGUCCGCAGCCAGAAGACGCUGACUUAUAUGCUGGGCCCCCAGACCUCGUUCUCAGCUGAGGACCUGAGCUUCUUUCUCAGCACGCGCUGCAUCGUGGUGCUGCUGUCUGCAGAGCUGGUGCAGUACUUCUGCCAGCCGGCCCUGCUGCCCCUGCUGCAGAGAGCCUUCUACCCGCCACACCGCAUGGUGCGGCUGCUCUGCGGGGUACAUGACAGUGAGGAAUUCCUGGACUUCUUUCCAGAUUGGGCACACUGGCAGGAGCUCACCUGUGACGAUGAACCCGAGACUUACGUGGCAGCUGUGAAGAAGGCCAUUUCCGAAGAUUCUGGCUGUGACUCAGUCACUGACACCGAGACUGAGGACGAAAAGGUCCUUCCCUACUUGAAGAAGCAGAGCCUGCCGACGUCGCUGGAGACUUCGCCUGGGAACCUCAUGGUGGUGCAGCCAGACCGCAUUCGCUGUGGGGCAGAAACCACUAUCUACAUCAUUCUGAGAUGUAAAUUGGAUGAGAGAGUAACGACGGAAGCCGAAUUUUUUCCUGAGGACUCUCCCUCGAUAAGGGUGGAAGCCAAGCUGGAGAAUGAGUACACCGUUUCCAUGAAGGCUCCCAAUCUUUCAUCUGGGAAUGUUUCUCUGAAGAUAUAUUCCGGGGAUUUGGUGGUAUGUGAAACUGCUAUCAGCUAUUACACUGACAUGGAAGAAAUUGGGAGUUUAUUGUCCAAUGCUGCCAAUCCUGUGGAGUUCAUGUGUCAGGCCUUUAAAAUUGUGCCCUACAACACAGAGACCCUUGACAAAUUGCUAACUGAGUCCCUGAAGAACAACAUCCCUGCAAGUGGGCUGCACCUCUUUGGAAUCAACCAGCUGGAAGAAGAAGAUAUGAUGACAAAUCAGAGGGAUGAAGAGCUGCCCACCUUGUUGCAUUUUGCUGCGAAGUAUGGACUGAAGAACCUCACUGCCUUGUUGCUCACUUGCCCGGGAGCCCUACAAGCAUACAGUGUCGCCAACAAGCACGGCCACUACCCCAACAACAUCGCCGAGAAACAUGGCUUCAGGGACCUGCGGCAGUUCAUCGAUGAGUAUGUGGAAACUGUGGACAUGCUGAAGAGUCACAUUAAAGAGGAACUGAUGCAAGGGGAGGAGGCUGACUCUGUGUAUGAGUCCAUGGCCCACCUUUCCACAGACCUGCUCAUGAAAUGCUCCCUCAACCCCGGGUGUGAUGAGGAGCUCUACGAGUCCAUGGCUGCCUUCGUCCCAGCUGCCACUGAAGACCUCUAUGUUGAAAUGCUUCAGGCCAGUACAUCUAACCCAAUCCCUGGAGAUGCUUUCUCUAGGACCACUAAGGACUCUAUGAUCCGCAAGUUUUUAGAAGGCAACAACGUGGGACUGGCCAGUUUGGAGAAGGAGCUGCAAUCUCUUGGUCCGGACGAUGUUUAUCACACAGUGGAUGACGACGAGGCCCUUUCCAUAGACUUGGCCAAUAGGCCCCCGGUCCCAGUGCCCAGGCCAGAGGCCAGUGCUCCUGGCGCUCACCAGCUGCCUGACAAUGAACCAUACAUUUCUAAAGUUUUUGCAGAAAAGAGCCAAGAGCGGCCUGGGAAUUUCUACGUUUCCUCGGAGAGCAUCAGGAAAGAGCCUCCCGUCAGACCAUGGAGGGACAGGCCCCAGUCGAGUAUAUAUGACCCUUUUGCUGGGAUGAAAACGCCAGGCCAGCGGCAGCUUAUUACUCUCCAGGAGCAGGUGAAGCUGGGCAUUGUCAACGUAGAUGAGGCUGUGCUCCACUUCAAAGAGUGGCAGCUCAACCAGAAGAAGCGGUCUGAGUCUUUUCGCUUCCAGCAGGAAAACCUUAAACGCCUAAGAGAUAGCAUCACCCGAAGACAGAGAGAAAAGCAAAAAUCAGGAAAGCAGACAGCCUUGGAGAUCACUGUCCCAAUCCGGCACUCACAGCACCUGCCCUGGAAAGUGGAAUUUGGAGUCUAUGAGAGUGGCCCCAGGAAAAGCGUCUUACCCCCAAGAACAGAGCUGAGACGAGGAGACUGGAAGACAGACAGCACCUCCAGCACAGCAAGUGAGCAGGCUGACCCUGGGGUGCCUUCACAGCUGGACUCCAGCUGGCACCUUUGGGCCUUGGAAACAAGCUCUGUUAUGAGCCCAGCUGAUCACAAUUGGAGCCUGACUUGGGUUUGGGAGGUAUAAGAAAUGGGGGACAUUUAAGCUGUGAGU